AUGCAAAGUGUAAACGGCAAAAAAUUCUUCGAUUCUACUGAUCAUAUUAAUUUCAGUCAAUUACCAAUUGCUGAUCAAGAUAAUCAAAUAAGCAACACUUCAUUAAGUCCACGAAAAAUUAUGGAGUGUAAUACUAAUCUACGAAAAAUAUUGACAAUAUUAGCUUCCAUUAUUAUAAUACUUAGUUUCAUUGGAUUGAUAAUUAUUAUUGUUUUGUAUAUUCUAAGUACUAACAUUCCAGAUGCGUAUUCAGUAGUGAUUGACGCAGGAUCAACUUCUUCAAAACUUCAUUUAUAUAAAUGGGUCGAUGAACCGUUCCGAUCAAAUGGAAAAGUUUCAGAAGUUGCUAGUGAAAAAGUUUCACCUGGCAUAUCAGAUUAUGUUGAAGAACCAUUUAAAGUUUAUGGCACGUUACAAGUGAAACUUACCAAAUUAACUUUAGCUUUAACAGCUGAACAAAAAAAACGUACACCAGUGUAUUUAGCUGCAACUGCGGGUAUGCGAUUAAAAUUAAUUGAAGAUCCAUUAGGAAGUUUGAAUUUAUUCUCAGUACUUCGUCAACAUUUAAAACAGUCUGGUUUACAAAUUGAAACACCCAAUGAACGUAUUCGUUUAUUAUAUGGAUCAGAAGAAGGUCUUUAUGGUUGGGUAUCAGUGAAUUAUAUUUUAGGUAAUAUUGAAGAAGGUAAACGAACAAAUCCUACCGAUACAGUUGGUUCUUUAGAUCUUGGUGGAGCUAGUACACAAAUUGCAUUUGUUCCACAAGAAUAUUCAACUGUACCGAAUGAACAAUUAGAUUUUUAUCCUCUACGAUUAUAUGGCAAUGAUUUCUUAGUAUACAGUCAUAGUUUUCUAUGCUAUGGAAAAUCGGAAUUUGAAAGACGUUUAUGGACUUCAAUAGCAGCACAAUCUGCUUUACAAAAUGAAAUACCCAAUCCAUGCUUUCUUCAAGGUUAUAAAUCGGGUUUGUACAAUGCAUUAGAUUGGUUCUCUGGAAGUUGUUUAUCUGGGUCUUAUGUAAGGAAAACUUUUUCUGAGGAAAUUUUCCGACCUGCUAAUAUGAAUAGUUUUUCAUUUAACGGUACCGGAGAACCUACUGAAUGUGUCAAGCAAAUUGAAAAACAUUUUCAAAAGAAAUGUAAUUUUUCAUCAUGUUCGUUCAACAAUGUUUUUCAACCGACUCCAUCUGGGAACUUUUUAGCGUACUCUGGAUUUUCCUAUGCGAUGCGUUAUUUAUUUCCCAAUAAGAAUAAAGGACUUACACUAACAGAAGUCAAUGAAGCUGUUAUGAAUUUUUGCAAAAAACCGUGGAAAGAAGUGGCUAAAAUUACAAAACAAUCUGAUUAUGGAUUUACUGCUAAGUAUUGCUUUGACGGUCUAUAUAUUAUGACUUUAUUGAAAAUGUAUGGUUUUACUACUGACGAGCUAUGGAAAACAAUUACAUUUGAUUCAAAAGUCAAUGAUAAAUCAGUCAGCUGGGCGUUAGGCUAUAUGUUAGACCAAUCUGGUCAUUUACCAAGUGAAAGUCCAAAAGUAUUUGUCAGUACAAAAUUAUUUACUGGUUUAUUUAUACUAUUCCUUCUAAUCAUUGUUGGUUCAAUUAUUGGGUUAUUAAUAACUAGAAGCAUCUCAAAAUCGAAAAAACCAGCUAGUCAGGUAUAA